AUGCAACCUUUUGACAUCAAUGCUGGUGCACAGUACAAAGCAUCUACAACAUUACCAAUUCAAUUGAAUAAUACAUAUAAUAAUAGUAUUUGUCCUAUUACUCUCAAUGUUCAUACUGACGGCGCACCAUUGGUGCGUACGACAAAAUCUGCUUUGUGGCCAUGUUUAGCUUCGAUAGUUGAGCUUCCUCCACAAGUUAGAGAAAAGCAAGCGAAUAUUCUUGUUUUAUGUUUAUGGACAUCAUGCAUUAAACCUGAUGUGAAUAUAUUUAUGAAUGAUUGUAUUCAACAGUUACUGGAACUAUCAGUUCCAUCCUCAUUAAUUGUUAAUAAUUUACAGUUUUCCAUUACAGUGAAAACUCAACUAUUUGUUUCAGACUUACCUGCGAAAGCACUUUUUUGGAAAACAAUAAAUUACAAUGGAUACAACGCAUGCUCUAACUGUUUCACUGAAGGUGUGUACCAGAAUCGACAAGUACUUUAUCCGUACAAUAAAAAUAGUUAUCGACAACGAACUCAUGUUGAGUUUUUAGCAACCGCUCAAGAAGUUGAUAAUCGUAUUUCAAGUGGAAGAAAAGGUAGCAGUAUUGAUGGAAUUAAAGGUACGUCACCAUUACUUCAAAUUUUUGAGUAUCCGAAGCAAAUCAUUCUGGAUUAUAUGCAUUUAUGCUGUCUGGGCCACAUGUCAACUUUGAUACACCGGUGGUUAACAAUGUUAAAUACUGGAGCACUUGCUGAAAUCAAUUCCAAUUUAGUUUCUCAACGAUUUCCUCAUAAUAUAAGUGUCAAUUUUAAUUACCCAUUGAAUUCCUGUAGUGAUUGGAAAGCGAAACAUUUUCGAAUUUUUUUAUUAUCUAUUGGUCUUCCUUAUAUGCUAGUACAUUUGCCUCCUAUUGUGGUAUCUCAUUUUGCAUUGUAUUCAAUGUUUGUGAAAUUAUUACACUGUCCAAAGUCUUACAAUGAAAUUGACUUAGCCGAUAAAAUUAUACAUUAUUACUGUCGAACAGCACCUCAUAUAUAUGGCGAAACAAUCGAAUUAUUUUCACUUCAUUCUCAUUUGCAUUUACCACAGCAAGUUCUAACACACGGUGGACUAUGUUUUACGUCAGCCUUUUGCUUUGAAAGUUCUAUCCGUUAUCUAAAAAAAAAAGCACACGGAACACGGAAUCUUGGUACUCAAAUUGCUGACUGGAUAAAUAUUGAAACAAUUGUUACUCGACCACCAUUCGAACUUUCGAAAUCUACGGGUGUUAAUAGCAUCAAUAUUAAUAAUCGUAUUUUUGAUAAAUAUCGAAAUGAUUUUUUAAAUAUUUUACGCACAUUUAUUCAGAACGAAAAUGAUAUUGUUUUAUUUUUACGAUUUAAAGAUGUAUUUGUUACUUAUCACACAGUUUUAUAUGAUCUACCGUUUAGUUGCUGUAGUUAUAUUAUUUCUUACAAAUCUACUGAUUCUUCAAUCAAAUAUGGUCAAGUUAUAAUCUUUUUAAAAUAUCAUGAUGGUUAUUAUGCUUAUAUCCAAGAAUAUAAAGCCACAGAAAAAAAUAUAUCUGAUUACGUUUCUGUACCUGCAGAGCUAAAAUCUAAAUUGGAUGAAAUUUUUCCUCUUAGAAGUUUGAGCAAAUCAUAUACUUUUGUACCUAUAGUCAAUAUAUGUCAUAAGUGUAUUCAAGUUAAAUUCCAUGAUUGCGUAUUUCUUUCUGAAGUCCGUGUAGAUUAUGAACAUGAUUAG